GCAACGAGAGCAGGAGCCAGUUCAGCAGAGUGAGAGGGAGAAGGUGCAUGAAUUAAUAUUAUAACUGUGCUGUUAUGUGUAGGUGGUGACAGGAUGGCAGUGACUCAGAAGUGAUGACUGGAAUAUGAGGAUGAAAUGUUACUUUUUGAGGAAAUCCUGAUGGGAGAUCUGCACAGAAUGACAGCAUGUCUUAUAUAAGUUCAGGGAGUUGGAGGCGAGGACGUUGUGCCUCGGCAGCGAGGAGUCUCUCAUCUAAUCAUGGACUGAGGCCCCUGGUUCCCGUCCUCUGCCUGGUGGUCCUGGUGAUAUAUGGCCUGGCUGACAAACUCCGAAACUUUGUGGCCGGCAUCUUCAUCCCUCAGUACCAUUACCCCUACGCCGUGGCUCUGUGCUUUGGUCAGGUUCUGAUCUCCUUGUCAGUCUUGAAUCUCCUCCACAUCCUGGGUCUGGUGCCUCUGAAGCGUUACACCAGGUCUCUGGGUGAGAGGGUGCUGGUGCCGGCUAUCUGUAGCAGCAUCCACGCCGUGCUGGCUACGUGGGCCCAAGCCAGCAGUGCGUAUUCCGGCCUCUUCCCCACCACUCUGCCCUUGCUGCCCUUGCUGACUGUCGGCUUUAGUUUUGCCCUGAAGCUGACAUCUCUGCCCUCUCUCCACAUCUCUGUUCUGAUCUCCAUCCUGACUGGGACCUCUCUCGUAGCCACAGUUUCCAAAGGUCUCUCGGUUGUUGAUCCUCUGGAAUACAUGUAUGCUCCUCUGGCUUUAAUCCUCCACAGUCUCUCUCUGACGUGGCUGGCCAAAGUGUCUGAAGCCGAGCACCCCCACUCCCCUGAUGCCCAAGCGUCCAUCUUUGACAUCUACUACGCCCAGCUGGUGAACCAGAGCUGGGUGCUGGGCCUCCUGUGGCUGCUGCACCCAGACAGGCCCUGGCAGGUUCUGAGUCGGGGCAACUGGCACAGUUUGCUCUUCCAUGGAUACCUGCUCGCCAUCCUCCUGCUGGGGAUGGUGCUGAACUUCAUCGUCGGUAUCUCGGCUCUGUGUGUCUCGCCGCUUUCUGCUGCACUGCUCCACUCAGCACGGCAGGUGGUGCAGCCCUUCCUUCUACUGUAGUUUCACUUUAAAGGACUGUACCUUUUGCCUAUUUCAACUUUAUACAUUUAUACCUCCAUGUAGUGGCCCUGGGGACAUUCCACUAAACCCAGAAGGACAGUUCAGAAAACACAAGGGAGGGGCAACUUGUCUUGUUUGUUUUUGGACAGAACCCAAGACUGAAUGACAGUUCAUUGUCAGUACUGUUGCAGUGUUUGGACCCUCAGGGUCACCAUGACUUGUGCUACUCAGGCAUGUGCAUAUUUUCAGCUAAGAUUAAAUGCAGAAUGAGUAAUCGUAACCAGCAUGAGAAAACACAUAAAAAGCUAUUGAUUUAUCCUUGGGUCUAAAAGUGUUGACACCAGUGAGCCUUCAUCUUAGUUUUGGAAAAGUAAUUUCUGUACAGGACAGGACACCGUGAACCGAAUCCUCCCAAGACUAAACCAGAUGAACGAAAUGUAUAUUUAUGAAACACUGAUAAUUGUGGAUAAUACAUAAACAAUGAAAAAGGAGUUAUUUAUCACAGACAUUUGGAUGCUGUUGUCAGAAUACUGAACAGUAACUGAGAGAUUGAAGUUCCUUUGUUUCACCAAAUUAAUUUUCAACCACAGCUUUGUUGAAGUUGUCCUUGGAAGACAAGGUGAGAAGGGAAAACACUGAGUUCCAGUUUAUUUGUCCCGGACACAAACAGUUGAACCCAACUGGACCGUUUUUUUUUAAGCUGAAAUCCUUGACUGGAUGAAUAUUUAACCAGGAGGAGGUUGACCUAACAUGAAGUUGAGAUCUGUCAGAUAAGUGGCCACGAUGAGGAGGGAGUCAAAUGUUGCCCAUUGCAAUUUCUAUCUGUAAGUUAUUAUCAGAGACUGCAUUUAACAAUAAGCUAUAUAAUGUUCAGCUUUUUCCAAAUGUGUAGUGUUUAUGUAUUAUAUUUAAAAACAAGUAAAUAUUUUAUCAUUUUAAAUGUUGAGUGAUGGUGAAACAAAGAGAACCUGUUUACAUUUAACAACUGAAAAAACACUAAAAUAAAUUUACUUGCAAAAAUAUUUAUUCCGUUUCUAACUUAAGUUUGUAAGUGCAGUUAAAAAACACCAUCAGUACAUGUAUUUCAACAUUAGCAGCAUGAAUAUCCACUGUAGAAAAUUGUACAUUAUCAUUUCACUUUUAGUUACCGUCCAAAAAACAUGGAAUUACUGAGCUUUAGAUCACAAGACAAGACUUUCAGAGUAUCAUGAAAAAAAAAGAACAAUAACAACUUGUUCUACAGAUUCAUGGCAACACAUCUGUUUGUUCAGUGCAACCAAAACUGAAGAUAAACUCAUUUCUUUACACACUGCCACAAAUACGACCCCAUCACAGAAAACUGAUGGGGCCAUCAAUCUGAAAUGUGUAUUAAUGAAAUGUUUUAAUGUGUGACAUGUAUUUUUCUUCCCAUUCAAUUAAAUGCAUCUGCUGCACA